CUGCCUGUGGGCAGGGUGCGGCUGUGCGUGAGGCGGUGCAAUGGGAUGUAUGGCUGUGAGAGAUGGGGGGCAGCUGGAGGGCUCGGCGAGGGGAGCCCUGCACUGUGAGGGGCCCGCGCAGGCUCAGCACUGGUACAGGCAGUGAAGGUCCAUCAGUGGUGCUCUGUUUAUUAGAUGCGGUGCUGCACGAUGAGGCGUGUGCGUGGCAAGUGGGACACCCCUGCGGCGGGGAGGGACUGUCACAGGAUUGCUAGGAUGGUAGCAAAGCAUCAUGACCAACAGCAGAGGUGAUGGGAGAAAUUCCCAAUAGGUGAAAAGCAGGGGUGGUGUACUGGUAGAGCAAAAAGUGUGUGAGUGAGACACAGUGAAAAAUAAAUCACGCACUUAGACGUAGAAACCCCCAUGUGAAGGUUCACCCUUAAAUCAAGAUGACACUCUUAAAAUACUUGGUUUAGCAUGAUGCUCACAACAUUGAAUGGGGCACAGACAUAGAGCAAUACCAGUUACUCUUUUCUAACAGUUGGUAGUUAAGGCUGGGUUUUUCAUGAUUUAUACAUGAUAUUUACUAUCUUCCUUGAAGCUGCUUGACCUGAUUUUUGGAAAAAUCAAAACCCCAUGGGAAUUAUGCAUAUGUAGUAUUUUCUAAGGAAACAGACCCUCCAAGCAAUUUCAAAUGAAGAUACAAAAAGCUUAUAUAGGUAGUAGCUGCUCUCUCUCUAAAGUUGUACUUUUGUAUAUGUUAUGAAGUUCUCCUGGAUGAAUGCAAGGCCUUGCUGUAAAGGCUAUCCAGACCUCCUGAUGUCUAGUACAUGCAAGAUGUCAGAGAUGGGUAGAGAACUGUCGAAGGGCAGAUUUAGAAGAUAAGACUCCAGAUCAACUCAACAAGCAUUACAGAUUGUGUGCUAAACACUUUGAGACUUCUAUGAUAUGCAGAAGUAGCCCAUACAGAACGGUUUUACGGGAUAAUGCUGUGCCAACUAUAUUUGAUCUUACAAGUCACCUGAACAAUCCCCACAGCAGACAUAGGAAAAGGAUAAAAGAGCUGAGUGAAGAUGAAAUAAGAACAUUGAAGCAGCAAAAGAUUGAUGAUGCUUUUGAACGGAAACAGGCAACUCCAGAAUCAAAUGAAAACAAUGAGCAAAAUACUGUCUCAGAGGAAGGAGGGGAAGAACAAGAGGAAAAAGCUGUUCCCUUAACACUGGAAGAAAGAGAAAACAAAGAUUACCUGAAAUCAUUAUUUGAAAUUUUGAUCUUAAUGGGUAAACAGAAUAUUCCAUUGGAUGGCCAUAAUGUUGAUGAACUUCCAGAAGGUAUUUUUACUUCAGAUAACUUUCAGGCUCUACUGGAAUAUAGAAUAAAUGGUGGCGAUGAAGUUCUGAGGAAACGAUUUGAGAUGACUGCAGUCAACCUUGAGUAUUGUUCAAAAACUCAGCAGAAACAAAUGCUUGAGAUCUGUGAAAACUGUGUUAGAGAGGAGACACUGAGGGAAGUAAGAGACUCGCACUUCUUUUCUAUUGUCACCGAUGAAGUAGUAGACAUAGCAGGAGAGGAACAUUUGCCAGUGCUGGUGAGGUUCGUUGAUGAUUCUCACAAUCUAAGAGAAGAAUUCAUAGGGUUUUUACCAUAUGAGGCUGAUCCUGAAAUUUUAGCUGUUAAGUUCCACACAACUAUUACUGAAAAGUGGGGUCUAAACAUGGAGUACUGUCGGGGUCAAGCCUACAUUGUCUCCAGUGGAUUUGCUUCUAAAAUGAAAGUUGUGGCUACAAGACUCUUGGAAAAGUAUCCACAAGCUGUAUAUACGCUGUGUUCCUCAUGUGCCUUAAAUGUUUGGCUGGCAAAGUCUGUUCCUGUUGUUGGUGUUUCCAUUGCAUUAGGAACAAUUGAAGAAGUUUGCUGUCUUUUUAACCAGUCUCCACAAUUACUAGUAGAACUGGACAACACAAUUUCUGCUCUUUUUCAGGACAAUGAUGAAAAGGGUAAUGAGUUAAAGAAGAUCUGCCGUUCUCACUGGACAGGCAGGCAUGAUACUUUUGAGGUAUUAGUGGACCUCCUGCAAGCGCUGGUACUGUGCUUGGAUGCUGUGAGCAGUGACUUUUCUGUCAGGUGGAACAACUUCAUUGUUGGUCGAGCAUUUGUACUUUCAAGUGCACUAACAGAUUUUGAUUUCAUUGUCACUAUUGUAAUUAUGAAAAAUGUUCUGUCUUUUACAAGAGCAUUUGGAAAAAAUCUCCAGGGACAAACAUCAGAUGUGUUCUUUGCAGCUGGCAGCUUAACAGCAGUAUUGCACUCUCUGAAUGAAGUGAUGGAGAAUAUUGAAGUUUACCAUGAAUUUUGGUUUGAGGAAGCCACAAAUUUGGCUACAAAACUGGAUGUACAAAUUAAACUCCCAGGAAAAUUUCUCAGGGCACAACAGGGGAACUUCGACCCUGAUAUGACAUCAGAAAAUUACUACAAAGAAAUCCUAAGUGUCCCAACAAUAGAGCACAUUAUUCAAGAAUUAAAAGAUAUUUUCUCAGAACAACAUUUAAAAGCUCUUAAAUGUUUAUCAUUAGUGCCCUCAGUCAUGGGACAGCUCAAAUUCAAUACGUCUGAGGAGCAUCAUGCUGACAUGUUCAAAAAUGACUUGCCCAAUCCAGACACACUUUCUGCUGAGCUUCACUGUUGGAGAAUCAAGUGGAAGCACAGAGGAAAAGAUAUUGAACUUCCAGCUACUAUUUAUGAAGCACUUCACUUGCCUGACAUAAAGUUUUUCCCUAAUGUUUAUGCAUUGCUUAAAGUCUUGUGCUUACUUCCAGUGAUGAAGGUGGAGAAUGAGAAAUACGGAAUAGGACGAAAGCGCUUAAAGGCAUACCUGAAAAACACCUUGACAGGGCAAAGGUCAAGCAACCUUGCUUUGCUGAACAUAAACCUUGACAUAAAACAUGACUUAGAUUUGAUGGUGGACACUUACAUUAAACUCUAUCCAGAUAAAGUGGAAUUUCAAGACUGUACUCCUUCAAACAAUUCUGAAGUAACAGAUGAUGCCUAACGUUUUAAGCUCUAACCAAUCUAUUGAAACAGCUUCUUCUUAAUUAAGUUUCAAAGCUGGGGAGAAAAACUGGUGAAAUCUUAAAAAAUCACUGCAAUUGUGUUUUCAUUUUAGGCCUUGGACUGAACAAGCUGUUGUCAAAGACCUAAAUUAUGUGUUAUUAGUCCAUACUAAAUGUGUUUGGCAAACAAAAUCAAGCCUGACACAAGCCCAUGCCCUUGGCAGAGGUGCUUUCUACAUCUGAUUGGCUUAACUAGGUGCUCGUUUACUUUAUUGCGUCGUGAAAAAAGUACAUUAUGAUUGUAGAUCUGAUGGGGCUGUUACAUAUUCAUUGAUUAAUUAGGAUAAGAAAGAAAUUCAGACUAUUAAAAAGAGUAUAAUCUAUUUCAGUUCUGUUACUUAGGAUUUUUUUAAAAAACCCAAACUUUUAAGAAGAAGUCUUUGAUGUAUAUUUAAGUGGCAUUUUGGAGAGUGGAUUCAGCUAUUGCACGAUCCCCAUGCUGUGGACAGGUCUCGGUGUAAAGUGAAUGUCAGUGAUAUAGGGGUACGUUUAUGGUUUUGUUGGAAGAGUCAACCUCUUUAAUCUCUUGAUGACUGUUUACAUUCCUUUGUGUCAGACACAAAAGUUUUUUCUUUAGGCUUAACAGGCAUGGCAGGAGUAUUUAAGUUCUUAAAAGACAAUAAAAACUUAAAAUUUAUUCCACAAACGUUUAAAUCUGUUUGCUCUGCCCCAACUCUGAUGCAAACACCAUCCAUCUUAUAGUAUGUUUAUUUGUAAACUCAUUCUGGAAAGAUUAAAAUAAGAGUUUGUUGUUUGUCUAGAAGUAAGAUUGGAAAUAUUGCUGUUAUUUUUGGUGAGAAUGAAACAUUUUUGUACAGUUUAUGGAAAUUUAAAAUAAAAUGUGAAUUGCUUUUUACAUAGCAUUGGAUUUCCUAGUAAAGCUGUGCCUCAAAUAUAUUCUGUAAAGGUGCCUUUUUAUUUUAGCAAUUUUU